AUGUGUGGACAUUCCUACACGCUGUGUCGCCGUGACCGGGCUCUCUCGUUUGGCUCGCCGGUACCAUGCCGACCCCUGAGAGCAUCCCAAUUGCGUGUCCAGAAUUCCUUCGGUUCAGACACGUUCACACCUUUUAAAGAGAGCGAUUUUUUAAAAUUAUUAUUAUUAUUUGAACUUCACGGCGCUAGGACCCCGGGUGGGUUUGACCUAAACUCACCAACUCCACGCUGGAGUUGGCGCUCCGCACGCGCGUGCGAGCGCACCCUGAAGCGUCAUUUGCAUUUUGUAACACUCGUCGAAGCCCACGCAGCACGUCGGACCACUCAACUUCCUACCUGCUGCUUUCCUACGGGGGAUCUCAAACAAGCCAUUCACGUGCGCUCAUCAUAUGCAUGCAAUGAAAAGAACAAACAUGGACAUGGACGGGACACAUUCAUAAACCAGUGUCGUUCCUGUAGCACCAUGAUUGAGCGUGGCAGCUCCCAAUUACCGGCUCUUCUCCUCCUCCCGUUCCUCCUCCUCUCGUCUUCCCUGGAACUUCCCCACCGUCCCCUCAUGCAUCCCCUGGUCCCCACCUUGGUCCCCCAUCAGCCAACUCCUCUGGUGCGGUCCCGCUUCAGCGCCCGCCCUCACCUGGCCUUGACCACCCACUGCAACUCCAGCUGCUUCCAUCGCGCAGGGGUACCAGGCCACCAGUCUGCCGACAACCUAGCCUUUGAGACCCUCUACUCGGAUGGCUCUCGCACGCUGACCACCGUGGACGUGGAGGAGGAGGACGCCAGUCUGGUGGACCGGAUGCCCAGCCACAGGAUGGGACGCCGGCGUGUGAGACGCCAGAUCUACGGUGCAGACGGCCGCUUCAACAUCCAGGGUGACAACUUCCUGCUGGACUACCCGUUCUCGGCGGCUGUACGCAUCUCCACGGGCUGCACCGGCGUCCUGGUGUCGCGCUGGCAUGUCCUGACCGCCGCCCAUUGCCUCCAUGACGGCAAGGAUUAUGUCAAGGGGGCGCGCAAGCUCCGAGUGGGCUUCCUCAUCCCACCGUCCGUCAACACGACCGUAGCGGAACCCUCGUCCGGGAAGAAGCCCAUGGUGCGCUGGGUGCGGGUCAGGCGCACCCGGGUUCCUAAGGGGUGGAUCCAGGGUCCUCAGGAGCUAAGCAUGGACUUUGACUACGCCCUUCUGGAGCUGCGCUGGCCCCACCGGCGGUCAUUUAUGCGGCUCGCCGUGGCACCUUCCCCAGACGGCCUGGCGGGUCGCCGCAUCCACUUCUCGGGUUUCGACAGCGACCGACCUGGAGAGCUGGUUUAUCGUUUUUGCCCGGUGGAAGAAGAGUCGAGCGACCUGAUCUACCAACACUGCGACGCUCGGCCGGGGGCCAGCGGGUCGGGCGUGUACGGCCGCGUGUGGGACAACUCUUUGGAACGCUGGGAGAGGAAAGUCAUCGGGAUCUUUUCGGGGCACCAGUGGCUGGAGGUGGACGGAGAGAACCGUGACUACAACGUGGCCGUGCGCAUCACUCCGCUCAAGUUUGCACAGAUUUGCUACUGGCUGCACGGAAAUCGUCUGGACUGUUCGCACGACUGAGACGAAAGAGGGACUCGGUCGUGAAAUAACAACCGCCCGUCAGGAGGGUAACCAGUUGUAACAACCAGUUUUACAGAACCAGUAUUUUUAACAUUUACUAGAUGGUCUUGAUUGUUUUUUGGAGACUACACACCAGGAAUCAGACAUCUGAGAAUCUGGCAUUCGCUGAUUUUGAUCAGAAGCUCAUAUUCAUCCUGUUUUUUGAUACGCAAUUAUCCUGCUCAACCAUCACCAUGGCAUGCAUCUCUUGUGCAGUGUUAAUAUCUAUCUUUUCUAGAUGAAAAACACACUUAUAUUCAUUUACAUAGUUUACACAGCUAAAAGUUUAAUUCAACAUCUUGACAUGAACUUUCUUUCAUCUGAACAAGAAACACGUUAUGAGCUUGAGAGAUUGUUGUAAUUUUAUUUUUGGACAAAUGCUUGAUAUAUUUUAAUAAAGAGAUUUUAUGACAGGAGUGGAAUCAUCAGUUGAGCAAGAAUUAGAAAUGGUGCGGUGGCGCCCUCUUGUGGUUAUAAGCUUUCUUACACAUUGAGGUAAUGUGACGAUUAACAACAAAGAAAAACUAAUUUCAAUUUAUGACCAUAGCCUGACGUCCUCCUUCCCAAAGUGCCACUAAUCAAUACUUGCAUGAGUUGUCAAUUGGUGCAAUUACUCAGAUUCAUAAGCCAUUUUGCAUAUUUGAAUCCAAUUCUGCUCAACAUUUUGAUGAUUCAAUUAGAUGUAUAAGAAAAUCAAGCCAGUCAGUAGUUUAGUGAUUUUUUUUAUUAGAUAGGAGACGAUACAAAACAUCCACCAUUCAAUAUUCAGUCUCAAAUCUGGUCACCGGUGUUUCAUUUACACAUUGCUCUCCAUCAAGACCUUCACAACGCCAACAUUUUAUUUAUUUCCCAAUGAGAUAAUGGUUUGAAGAAAGAAAAAAAAAAAGUACGAGGAAUGUGUGAACUACAUCAAAUGCCGUUGUCAGAACGGGGAAGAAAAAAAAAAUACUCAAGUUUUGGAAUUUUGCAUGUUCAAAACAGAAAAUAUAUUAUAACUUGUUCCCCAAGAAUAUGUUUGAUACGUCUUGUGCAAUGGAGAGUAUGAAUUAGUUUACACUAAACCAGAUCUCACUACAGUUACAAAGCUUACCUACAA